UGCCCUACGAGUACAAGAUCGUGAUCGCAGGCAACCACGAGCUGACCUUCGACCAGGAGUUCAUGGCCGACCUCAUCAAGCAGGACUUCUACUACUUCCCGUCCGUGUCGAAGCUGAAGCCGGAGAACUACGAGAACGUGCAGUCGCUGCUGACCAACUGCAUCUACCUGCAGGACUCGGAGGUCACCGUGCGGGGCUUCCGCAUCUACGGCUCCCCGUGGCAGCCCUGGUUUUACGGCUGGGGUUUUAACCUCCCGCGAGGCCAAGCGCUGCUCGAGAAGUGGAACCUCAUUCCCGAAGGCGUAGACGUCCUGGUAACCCACGGACCGCCACUGGGCUUCCUGGACUGGGUCCCCAAGAAGAUGCAGCGGGUGGGCUGCGUGGAGCUGCUCAACACGGUGCAAAGGCGCGUCCAGCCGCGGCUGCACGUCUUCGGCCACAUCCAUGAAGGGUACGGGGUCAUGGCGGAUGGGACAACCACCUACGUGAACGCAUCUGUGUGCACCGUGAACUACCAGCCCGUGAACCCACCCAUAGUCAUUGACCUGCCCACACCCCGGAACUCCUGACUGCCCCCACGGCCCCAGCGCUUCCCACCCGCAUCAGCUACGUACACCUAGCUGAGAGCACGGACCUCCAACCCCCCUUCCUUUCAUGCAGACAGCCCGUCCGGCUGCGGGGACCAGCCCAGCAGGCGGGCUGAGGCCUUGGAAUGAAGAAAAUCACCCCUGACUCUUCAGCCUUCUGUCAUUUGGAGUCAGGACCCUGCAGGUCCGUCAGGGGUUCUGUGCUCAUCACUGAUUUCUGCGUGUCCCUUCCGUGUGUUCCUUGUUAAAGGACCUGCUACGCUCGUGGCCCUGUCCUGCUUGGGAAGUGACUGAAUCUUUAUCCUUCUCCGUUGGACACCCUCGUGGGUUUGGGAAGCCGCUGCUCUUGGACAGAUCCUGGGAGUUCUGGCACAAAGUCUCCUUCUCACCGAGGGUCUGUGUGGCUGCAAGCCUCAGGGCUCGGGGGUGGGAGGGUGUGUCGUAGCCUGAGUGCAGGCGGCCCUUCCGCUCCUUCCAGGCAUCCGAGGGAACGAUCAGGGACGUCUCAGGAAUCGGGCUGCACCUGGCCGGGCCGACCAGCCCUUUGCUUCACUGAUACCCCGUUUUCUUCCUGUGGGCAUUUUUGCUGAUGUAAACUGUGGCCUGAGCAUCCCGGGCACCCGCUCGGAGCCUGGACUUGGGGGGUUGUUUCUACGGAACGAGCCUGAUGAGGGCCCAGGGCCAGCUGGAGGGUUCCCAAGUCCUGGAUGCCCCUGGUCCCCUGGGGGCUGUGCUGCUCUGCAGAACUCAGAAGGCUGAGGGCUCUGCGGGCCGAGGCUGCCCUGUACGCGCCCAUAUGGGUGUGGACACACACACACACACACACGUGUGCUCACACCCCCCUCUUAAUUUAAUAAAGUGGACCCCGUGGUUCUCAUCGCCCUCGACUGGGUCCUGUACCCCGGUGGGAUAUCCCUCGCCCCUCGGAUUUUGGCUGCCGUGCCCACAGCCGAGGGAGGCUGAAUGGUUCACAGUCGUGCUGCCAUGUCCCUGGGUGCCAACCGGCGGCCCCCACGGGAAGCUGGCACAGAGACAGAGAUGGGCUUCGGUUCCGGCAGCUCCACCCAGGGCGGGCUUCUUUUUCUUCUUUAAAUUAGGACUGGGGGGUUGGGCUGAGUCUCUGAUGGACAGAGAACCAGCAGGGUCUCGUUGGGGUGAGGCCAGUGAGGCAGGAUUGGCACGUGCAGGGUCAGAUUCUGCCUUUAUUUAAAAUUUGGAUAUUUUGUUCAUCAUAGAUUUUUUUUCCUGCAUUAAUUUUGAUUUUUAAAAACAUUGCAUUAAAAUAGUAUCAUUUAUCUCCAUCUAUGAGCUUUUUGGCGCCCCUUAAGUUGUACACCUGAGAGGAGGGCCCUGCUCACCUCCCCCUUGUCCCAGGCCUGGGACCAGCAUUUAAUGAGCCCUUUGCAGAUAUGAUCUCAUUUCCAGCAGUCUUGCAAGGUGGGUACUGCUGUCCCCCUUUUGGAGACGAGGAGAUUGAGAUCAGAGAGGUGAGGUAACCUGCCUGAGGGUGCACAGCUCAAAAGAGGCAGAGGCAGGAUUUGUACCUUGCUCUCUGGCUUCACAGCCCCUGCUCUCCCACCACUCAAAGCUCCUGCCCUACAAGGCAAUGCACGGUCCAAGGCUCUUUUUUUAUUAAGGGUCCUAUUCAGCACCUGUCUGGUUCAUUUCUCAUGGAGAGCCCCUGGAGUCUUGGAGGACCCUGUUCUCUGUGCCCAGGAUCCCAGGAGACCAUGAUUCCUUCCCUACUCAAGUGGGGCUCCCCAUGGGGCGAGGGGCACCAUCCGGGGAGCCCAGUAGCAGCAUCACGUUGGCCGAGGCCAGCUUUGCUCCGCAGGGUGCAGGGUUUCAGGAAUCCUUUUUGGCCCAAGUGGUUCCUGGUAGCCGGGGAUGUUUACAGGGUCUCUGGGGACACCUCUGACGCACGGCAUGUGUGUGAAUGCGUGGGGGGAGAGGACUCCAGGCCCUUUCAGUAACCUCUACUGAAUUUCUAUGCGGACCAAGAACUAUAAACUUAAAAAAAAAAUGGUUUUUUUCCUAAGGUACCUUCAGAAUAUGGUGUAUUUUUAUGUGGAAAAUAAAAGUUAUGAAGGCAGCUGUUACUUUAAAAGAAAAUUCAUUAAAAGUCCUUGAGGUAUGAAAGAUGAUGGCAUGCUCCUCAAUCAUUUCGGCAUAACUUGAUUGUGGCUGUAAUUUUUUUGUCAAGCAUGUCAGACAAUAAAG